UCUAAAAAAGAAAAACUACAAGUGGCAUUUUUCCUCUCUUGCAAGUGACGGAGUAGAAAAUUUUGGGGGAAAAAAAAAAAAAAGGAGGCGGUCUCGUGAUCGGACGUCCGUCGUUGACCCUGAUUAUUGUUUAGCUAAAUAUCCAGCGGUUCUCUCGCGCAUUUCCUUUUUCUUCUCUCUCUUUUAUUUUUCUUUUCAUUUCCUUCGAUUUCUUUUUCUAUUGUAAACGCAAAACUUCCACACGCUCUCUUUUCUCGCUUUUCUUAACCCAUCUGAUACCAAUCUCUUAUCUUUCAGUCUUCCAUUAUUUUUCUUCCUUUGUUAUACUCAAGUUUCUAUUCAUAACGAGGUUAGGGUUCUUAUUCUUGGGUUAAAGUUCGAUUAUGUAUGGAUUACCGCUUGAUUAUAUAGAGCCUAUUAGUGAAUUGAUUAUCUAGGGUUUUGGGUUUUGUCAUGGCCGAAGCUUCCAAAGGUCGGGUCACUAUUACUCUUGGGCGUACUGGUCAGGUGGUAAAGAGAGCUGCAGCUGUAUCAGAGGUUGACUAUGCUGAUCAUCUGCCAAGUGCUGGCAAUAAGCGGUCUGUAAGAGAUAGAUUAGGAAGUAGUUUGGAUAGUUUCUCGUCGCAUGGAAGCCUAGCUAACAACAAAAAGCAAAGAGUAGACAGUUAUUUGACAAGUUUGAGGGUUAAUGGUGCAGAAGGUGUUCGCAUUGGUAAGGAUGACCUUCGAUUCAAACUCAUGCAAAAAAAUGAUCGUAGAAGAGCUCAGAGUGAUUAUGACCAAAAAACCAUGGACCUCCGUGAAAAGUUGUCUAGGGCAGUGCAUCCUUCAGGCCCUCCACCCAGUAGUCUUGAUGCAUGGCAGCGCAUGCCUGAUACUAAGGACAAUAGUAUCUUGGGUCGAAUUCCGCCUACAAGAAGUGCUGAUAAUUUACCACGGAUAGAUUCAUCAAGAAAUUCUUAUUCUCCGUGGACAUUGGAUCAUAUACGAAGGAGAUCUCCAGAUAGAAUUAUAGGUAGUUCUAGGGGCUUAACCCCACCCAGAAAUGUGGAGGAAUUACAAAGAAGACAAUUAAACAGUACGUUUGAUGAUGCAAGAACAGUUUCAUACAUGAAUAAGGAUGUUCUCGAUGCUUCAAGGCCUGUGAACAGUUCCACAGCUUUCAUGACUAAGUCUGUGUUGCCUGCAGCAUCUACAAAGCCUGCAGUGCCUUUUGUGGGCCAACUUCGUCCUCCAGCAAGUGGGAUUCUACAUAAGAGCUCAUAUGCGGUACAAUUUGCUGACCUUUUUCUUUCACAUGGUGAAGAACAACAGACUGUUGAAAGCCUGUUGCAUUCACUGGGAUUGGGGAAAUAUGCCAUUAUCUUUAAGGCUGAGGAAGUGGAUAUGACUGCAUUGAAGCAGAUGAGGGAAAAUGACCUCAAAGAGCUGGGAAUACCUAUGGGACCAAGAAAAAAGAUUCUUCUGGCUCUCCCGGCUCGUUCCAAGAGACAACCUUGAUGAUUGUACUACCAUAGCAAAACUGUGGUGGGGAUUUAGGUCAAAUUCUUUUUCUCGAAGUUCCACCCUGCAUUUCUUCUCAGAUUAGAUUGGAAGUGCUCUAUGAAUCCGUAGUGAAAUUUUUGCGUCCAACAAUUAUUCGGUUACUAUUUUGAAUUUGAUUGAAUGCGGCAAAAUACUUUUGAGAUGUAAAAUAUUGACUAUUAUUGUUAGAUUGCUUUUCAUGUAUUCUUUUUUCACAUACCCGAUUAUGCUUGUCGGUAUUCAAGCUGUAUCCGUAGAAUUCGCUCAUGAUGUAAAGAAUAAACUUGGAUAUGGAUGUUGUAUCAAUUUUUAGGAGCAUCUGAGUUGGAUUUUUGUUC